GCCCUCGACUUUUUCACCUGCUCUCACAGUCUGACUCUUAUGGAGGCGGUUCAGCUUGGAACGAGCGGAUGUCGGCAGCGACUCGCCAAUCGACUUGGGCAUCGGUGCAGAACGACGCGUAUACCGGCCCAAGAGCCCACGCUACCGAGCCUGUCGCCAAGUGAGGCGGAGAAGCCAUGGCAGCAUCAUCAUAGCGCAGCGGUUGGGGAUGGGAGGGAUGGUUCGGCUCGCUCCGGGAGCGGGUUAGAGAAGCUCGUCCGUGACGUCGACAGAAGGUUCGACGGGAUCCUGGCAGCGAGCCCGAGCAAGCUCGCUGCAGACGACGGCCUGUUCCUGGCAGCGUUGCACUUGCCGUUGUUGCCAACGGUCGACUUGCACUUGUCUUGGGCGGCGCUAGGCUUAGCAAGGCGCGCUAUCGCCCGGCUGGACAACCUGUUGCACGGGCUGCGACGGAGCCACGACGUCGCAUCGACCUUUGUCAGCAACCUGCAACACCUGCUGGUGGUGAUCCAGCACGCCCUGGGGCAGGCCUUGUCGGCCGUGGUGCGGCGUGGUCGUCGACCUAGCGGGCUGGAGCGGUGCAGGCGCAAGGUGUUGGGCAGGUUCAGCGAGUUUGCGGGCGGCCAGCGACCGGUGAGCACGACAUGGCCGUGGGCGAAUGUGCGGCCGUCGCUGGCAGUGCUGUGGGGAGUUUGCUGGAUGUUUUACGAGCAGCAAGCGAAGAUGCGCGCAAGCUGGCUCGGGAAUUUCGGGUGGCCCAUGCCGAGGGAGGACGAGUACGCGACAUACGGACGCACGCUACUUGGCGGUCACGUGCAGCAGAAUACUACUGCGCCACACCGGCAGCAGCACAGCCAGCACAGCCGCCAGGCCCAGCAGCAGCCGCCGUCGCUCCGGCAGGUUGAGGUCGCGGUCGCGCAGCUUGAGUCAUCGGCACCAGCAGCGACAUGCGACAGCCUUCGUCCCACUUUGUCCCCCCGCAGCCGCCAGACUUCGCACGAGUAUAAGGUCAACGCGUGGUCCGACGCGUCUGGCGCCCAAACCCAAACGACCCAAGCCCUGUCCCGCCUGUGGCCUUACCAAUCAGGCAUCGCCACCCGCGACGACUUUGAUGCCCUGUUUCCCUCAAAUAUCCCGACUUGGCCACCUCAUCUGCUGCCACAGCUCAUCGUCGAAGACCUAACACCUCAUCCUGCGCCGCCCCAUCCGCAAACCUUUCCCAUGUCCACCCAAACCCUCGUCCACCACCACCACCACCCCGUCAUGACCACCACCACCUCCGACUACAAAUCCAUCCCUCCGAGCCCCAUCAGUAUGAACGGCGACAGCACCAUGCACCAGCAAAACCCCCGCAAGCGCAAAGCUCCCGACCACCCGUCCGUCGCCGUCAACGUCGCCGCCCCUCACGUGCAACUCGUGCACUCGGAUCGAGAAUCUUCUGAGGAGCGCUACGACAACUACACGCCGCGUGGCAAAUAUAUCCACAAGCGCACCGAGGAGCCUCCGCGCAACUCCGACGGCAAGAUGAUAUGCACCUUCUCCGCCGACUGCUCCAGCUUAACUUUUGAGAGAAAAUGCGAAUGGAGCAAACACAUGGACAAGCACGAUCGCCCGUACGUGUGUCGCCACAAGGGCUGCGAAAAGCUGCAAGGCUUCACGUACUCGGGCGGCCUGUUACGUCACGAACGCGAGGUGCACAAGAUGCACGGCGGCACCAAGAAGGCGCUGUUCUGCCCGCACCAGGACUGCAAGCGCAGCAUGGGCGCCGGCUUCACGCGCAAAGAGAACCUCGCCGAGCACAUCCGCCGCGUGCAUCGCCGCGCCUCGGCUUCCGACGCUGCCUCGGCGGGCGUGCGCGUCGAGGAAGAAGGCAGCGAAAGGCUGUCGCCUGAUCAAGAGCAUGACGAUGCGUACCACGCUACUGCUGCCUCGUCGGCAGCAGGCAAGAGGAGGAAAACGACGUGCAACGUUGUCGGCGGGGGAGGCGGUGGCGAAGGAGGAGCAGCAGUCGCCGCAGUAGCGGCAUCAGCAGUCAACGGUGACGACGCGCCAGGUGCCGAGGCAGACGAAGACGACCUGCGCGCAGAGAUUAAGCGACUGCGGCGCGAGAUCGAAGAGAAGGACGCGCGGUUGGAGAAGCUAGAGGCGGCGGUCGAGGCGCUCUCGAAGCAGGCUACCACCACCACCAACAAGGGCGGUUGACUCGACUACCUAGUCACGAGACGGGUCUGACGCUACUUUUUUUUUUUUGUCACGCCUUCCUUUUCCGUUUAUUCUUACCUUUUACCCCAUUUGGAUGCUUUUAUCGAUUCACAUGAUCCGGUCAGCAGCAUUUAUCAUUCAUCGAAGAUUGCGACAAGCGGC